CCACUCUCCAACUCCCACAACUUCACAGACCACCUCCCCGACACGAUGGCCUCCGCUGCCCGCACCUACCUGGCCUUCCAGCACAAUGCCAAACUCCACGCCCUCCAGACCAUCGUGACUGCAGUCCGCCCAUUCGCCUCCCUCGAGGAAGCCAACCGCCAACUCUUCAAGCAGCAGGCCAGCGGCGAUAGCGACGGCGACGGCGAGGGCCACGUUGUCGUCACCGAGCAGACCAUCUUCCACCCCCAAGGGGGCGGCCAGCCCUCCGACGUCGGCACGCUGACGAGCCCGACGUCGGGCGCGACCUUCGCCGUCGCGGCAGUGCGCAUGGACGCCGUCCGCGACGGCCAGGUGCUGCACUUUGGGCGCUUCGGCGGCGGCGGCGAUGUCUUCGGGGAGGGCGACGUCGUCGAGCAGGCCAUUGACGCCGAGAAGCGGCUGCUGUACUCUCGCCUGCAUACCGCGGGCCACGUCCUCGGUGCUGCGGUUAGGCAUCUGCUGGAGAAGGAGGUUGAGGGCUUCGACGAGCUGAAGGCGUCGCACUUCCCUGACUCGGCGGCGUGCGAGUUCCAGGGGCUGAUUGAGGGGAGGUGGAAGGAGCCGAUCCAGAAGAAGGUCGACGAGUACCUCGCGGCUAAGAUGCCCGUCGAGGUUGAGUGGUGGGAUGAGGAGGAUUUCCGAAAGCGUGGGAUGGAGCGGCUGAUUCCGGACGCGGGUUUGAUUUCGCCAGGCGAGAAGUUUCGGGUGGUGAACAUCGUUGGCGCGGAGGUGUAUCCUUGCGGAGGAACGCAUGUUGAUACGACGGAUUUGUGUGGCGAGACGACGGUGAAGAAGAUUUCGAGGAGUAAGGGGAAGUCUCGGGUCAGUUAUACCGUGAAUUGAGGGGAUGAGGUGGAUAGAAUCCCAAAACGGAACCAUUGGGGAUGAACAUCAUCGACCUCGCCUUCGACAAUUUCUCGGACUAAAUACAUCAGCGGCAAUUACAGCCGUGUCGUAGUCAUGGCCAGCCUGAUUUGUUCGUGAAAGCAUCAAAUUUGACAGUAUGGCACCUCCCUCACGGCAGCAUAUCGGGGGCUUUGCAACAGGACAGCUCCAGGGUUGAAGGAAUCUGGCUAUUGCCCCUGUUGAAAGACGAAAGUAACACCAGCAGCUGGUAAUCACAGUCCUCCGAAUUUCGAAGAGCUGCAUCUAAGGCAUUGCCUAUGAUUCUUACCAGAAGUGACACGGUAAGAUUCUGCCUUUCAUUUUCGCUCCCAGCUCACUGCUAGGCUUGCUGAUUGCCUAUUGUU